GGGUGGUCAUAAGGUAUUUUGCAAUUAAGGUGAGAAGACGUGCCCAGGACUAAGGAGACGAAUGGAAAAGCAAAAUCUUGCAGAUUGCUAUGUGUCUGAGGAACAUGGAUUCAUCCUACAGGACCCUCUGGAUAAACUUCCUGACUACUACAAACCUUGGAUGGAUAUUGCAGAACAUUUGACUGUCUUGAUUGAGACCAAAAAACUGCGAGAUGCAGUCCAUCAGAUGCCAGAGUUAGACAUACAGCAACUGAAAGGACACCGGCAGAAACGUCUGGCUAGGACAGUUCUUAGUCACAUGGUCAUGGCUUAUGUCUGGCAGAAUGGAGAGAAUGGAGGAGUUAAGGUGCUACCUCGAGUCCUGGCAGUGCCCUAUCAUCAGAUCUCACUAGCUCUUGGUCUGCCGUUAAUCAUGAUCCAUGCUGAUCUUGUCUUGGCAAACUGGAAAAAGAAGGACCCACUGGGGCCUCUAACAAUAGAGAACCUGUCCACCAUUGUGUCGCUUCCAGGAGGUGACAGUCUGCAGGGCUUUGUUUUGGUCACCUUGCUGGUAGAAGUGGCAGCCAUCCCUGCAGCCAGGGCUGUCAUUCAGGCAGUGAAAUCUGUGGAAUCUGAUGAUAAGCAGACACUGCUUUUAGCUCUGCAAAACUUGAAACGCUCGAUGAACAAGAUGAAUGAGGCUCUCCAUCUCAUUUACGAUUAUGUGGAUUCAGAUGUGUUUUAUAGUACAAUACGCCUAUUCCUGUCUGGCUGGAAGGAUAACCCCAACAUGUCAGAAGGUCUGAUCUACGAAGGCGUGUCAGAUAAGCCUCUUCACCUCUCAGGGGGCAGUGCAGCACAGAGUACAACCUAUCAUGCUUUUGAUGAACUACUGGGAAUUCAACAUAGGCCUGAAAGCUCGGACUUUCUCUUGAAGAUGCGCCAUUACAUGCCACCAGCUCAUAUGGGCUUCAUUAAAUGGGUUCAAGAGGCGCCUAAGCUUCCUGACUAUGUACUGAAGUGUGAGGACCCUGCUCUCCUCUCCAUUUUCAAUCAGUGCAUCUCUGCGCUUACUGAGCUCCGCUCCUUCCAUAUCCGCAUUGUCUCUAAAUAUGUGACCACCGCUGGAAUCCGGGCUAGGAUGAAGAAAAACCAAGGAGUAAAUCAGGAUCAACAGGAAAGGGGCACUGGUGGAUCCCAUGUUAUGACCUUCCUGAAAAGUGUCCGAGACACCUGCCAAGAGGGAACACUGAGGCAAAGUAUUCCUGGAGAUCACUGAUAUCCUGAUAUAAUCUCCACCAGUGACUUAUACAAAUGAAAAUUAUUUUUAUAAUCUAGGGGAUUGCUAGGAUACCUGUCAGCUUUUUAAUGCUUUGCUUUGCUUGAUUUGCCACAUGCAUGAAUGAUAAACUGAGACACAUGAAUGCUAAACAAAGGACGAGAGUCGAGUUAAUGUAUUGGACUUCAUCUGAUAUGUUUUCCUGCUUAAAUAUUGUGAAUUCAUUAAUCGUGUAUUCCCUGCACCUAUAUUCGGGAUAACAAGUCUAUGAUGUAGCAUCCAAUUUCAUUUAAGAGCCUGAGAAAAGGGAGUGAGUUAUGAUGUGGCCACAUUAAUUUUCUUUUAUUAUUUUAUUCGUCUUUAGAAGGGCAGUCUUAAUCCUAAAGAUUCUUCACUUGAAUUUUUUUUAUCUAUUUAUUAUGGAGCUUUUUUCUACAAUCAACAUACCGUAAUCAGCCGUGGUGUUCCGCACUUUUGACCUUCUUGGUAGGACCUUUUCCUUCCCUUUAUGCAUUGUUUUUUGUUCACGUGGACUGCACCAUAUUGAGGCUCAUAUGGUGAUUGGUUGAAAAAACUAUUUUAGUGGAAUUCAUAGUAUUUUAGCUCAGCAGUUGAUCCAGGCUAUAUGAUAUAUUUUAAUCCUAAAGUUUAGUGAUGGUUGGUAUUGUUUUUUUUUUUCUUUCUCACUUACUUGUUUUGUAAUUAAGGGAGUUCAACUCUGCUUUACUAUAUAUGAUUAUGGAAUUGGUUUUGAUAUAUCUUAGAGAUAUUUUAGAUAUUAGGAUCUUUGAAUGCUAUGUAUACUGUGUGUUACAAGUAUGUAAUUGUAUUUGUAUAUUGUGUAUUU